CCGCGCCGGAGCAGCCGCGAGCCCCUCCGCUGGCCGCCGGCGUCCUGUGAGGCCUCCCCGGCAGCGAGGGCGAAGGCGACCCCCGUCGCCGCCCUGCGGCGGCCGUCGCGCGGCGCGCGCGCGUGGCAGACGUCCCCUGCUGCAGCGGGGAGGGCCGGCGAGGGCCCUGCGCUCGUGGCCGCGGGCGCGGGGCCAGACUCGCAAUCGGAAUCGACCGCCGCAUCCGCCUCUGUGCUCGACUCGCCGCGCGUGGAGGCGCCAGAGGUCGCGACGGUGCCAGCGCCCUCCGCUGCUUCUGCUUUGGCUGCCUCUCAGGCGGCGGCCGCGGAGCCCACGCCCGUGCGCUGGGGAGCAGGCUGGCUGGGCGGGGCAUGCGAGGCAGGAGCGGUGCCGUCCGGGACCGUCUCCCCUGGCAGCCUAGAGGCGCCCGAGCCGCCCGUGGGUCGCCUCUGGCACCCGCGCCCAGCAGUCGCUGGCCCCUGGUGGCCCGACGUGCCCUGGCCGCCGCGCCCCGGGGCGCCCUCGCCGCUGCCUGCGACCUCGCCACCAGCAUCCGCCCGCUCGGCCUCCAGGGAGCGCCUGGACCUUGGGGAGAUGGCCUCCAGCAUCGACGCCCUCGCCUCUGGCAUCGGGGAGCACUCUGGCCAGCUUCGGCCAGCCCUCGGCGUGGAGGCCGCCGUGGCGUCGAGCUGGCGCACCCUUCCGGCAGCUUCGGCGGAUCCCUCGGCUGGCGCUCGCCACCAGGCGGCUGCGGCGAGCGGGGCCGCCGAGGCCGUGGCGCCGGCGCAGCUGAGCCCGCCGCGGCCUGCGGCGCCCGAGGAGGGGCAGCCGCCCUCGCAGGGCGCGGCGAAGCGGGGCUCCCCGCGGAGGUCGGUGGCGCCUCCCCGCGGCGUGCUGCUGGCCGUGGCGUCGCCCUGCCGCGCCCGCACUCCGGGGGCCGGCGCGCGCUGGCCGGGGCCGGGGCAGACCGCCCAGAGCCCCGCAGCGCCCCCGUGCGCCAAGCAGGCGGCCCUCGCGGCAGGGGCGAGCCCCGCCGCCCCGAGCGCCCCGGAGCUCACGGCCGCCCUGGUGCGUGCGGCCCAGGCGUUCCUGCGCGCGCGCGUCGGCUCGCCGGCUGCCCCGGGGGCCGCCCUCGCGGGGGCGGGCGCGCCCCGCGGCCUCGGUGUGGCGCGCCUGCCUCCGCGGGAGAGCUGCUUCGCGCUGCACGACUCGGAGGAUGACGGCUCGGGCGGCAGCUCGUUCGACGGCCAGCGCGAGUACGAGGCCAUCGACGUGCUGGCCGCCGCGCGCGUGCUGUGCGACGGGGGCCUCGCGCCUGGGACUGCUCCCUCGCCGCUCUGCGCGGCGGCGGGCGCGGGCCCGCCGUCGCCGCCGCGGGGCGACGGGUCGACGCCGCUGGGCAAGCUCUGCGCGGCGGCGGGCGCGGGCCUGCAGCCCCUGCGGGGCGACUGGGCGGCACCGCUGGGCAAGGGGCGCGGCCUCGAGGAGGCGCUGACCGAGGCGCGUGCCCGCCUCGCCGCCGCGGCGGCAGAGGGGCGCGAGCUGCAGGAGGGCCUGCAGGCGGAGCGCGCGCGCGUGAGGCAGCUGCAGGCCCAGCUGGACCUCGCCGCCGCCGAGCGCGACGCCGCCCUGUCGCGAGCAGAGCUCUGCGACGCGCUCCUGGGCGAGGCCCAGCGCACGGGGGCGCCGCCGGGCAGCGCUGGCGCGCCAGGCCCCGUGGCCGCCUUCAGCGCUGCGCCGCCGGGCGCGGCAGAGGAGGGCGAGCGGGAGCCCGCGGCGCUCUCGGCGGCCUCCUCGCCCGCGUUCUGGGCGGCCGCCUCCGCCCCCGGAAGCCCCGCGGCCGCUGGGGGCACGCCCGCGACGCCCGCCGCGUCGCGCUCGCCGCGGCGCCCAGCGGCGGCGCCACAAAGGCCCGAGAGUCGGGAGCCCAAGCUGCGGACGCUGCACGCACGCCUCGCGGCGAUGGUGGCCGAGAGCAGCCGCCCCAUGGCGGAGGCCGCGGACUCGUCGCCGCAGCGUUCGGGCGCAGGCAGGUCGGCGGCGCACCGCCAGGCGCACGGGCUCCGGGCGCACCUGCGCGAGGCAGAGGCUCAGCGCGACCAGCUCGGCCCGCGCGCCCGCUCGGACACCGCCGGCCCGCCGGGCGCCGAGGCGGGCCGCAGCGCCGCAGAGCCGGAGGAGGGCCCCGGCGGGCCGAGCGGCGCCGCGGAGGGCUGGAGCCCAGCACAGGAGCUGGAGGCCACCAGCGCACACUUCGUCGAGCACGAGGCGGCCGACGCGCGGCGGAGGAGGCUGGGCCGGAGCCUCCUGCAGGCGCAGGGCCGCUACGAGGCGGCUGUGGGCGAGCUGGAGCGCCUGCGGCUGGCGCGCUCGCGCGGGUCGACGGCUGGCGGCGCGAGCGCGGAGCGGAGCGCGCGCCAGGCCGUGGCGGCCAGAGCGGCGGAGGUGGCCGACUGCCAGCGGCUCUACGAGGCUGCCGUGGCCCAGCGCGAGCGGUGCGGGCAUGCGAGGGCCAGCGUGGCGGCCCCGCGGGCGGGGGCGCGGGCGGGCAGCGGGCUCAGCGGCGCGUGAGGGUGCGCGUGAGAGGGGCCUCCAGGCGGGCGCAGACCGGAGGCCAGGAAGAACGUGGGCACAAGCUCGGGACGUCCUCGGGCUGCAAGCCUCAGCCGGUGCCGGGCCCCCGUCGCCCCAUGCCCGCAGGGGCGGCGCUGGCGGGAACCUGGCAUCCGCGGGCGUCUGAAGCUCCUGCUCGUCUUGUUGCCUUCGUCGCCGUCCUGGCAGAGAGAGCGCAAGAGCCCUGAGCUGCCAUGGUGGUUGCGCCUGCUGUGGCAUGUUGGUCUCCCCGUCUGCCCGGGUGCUUCUUUGGCACCCAGCCGCGGGCGCGCUCGGCUAUGCCAGGUGGCGUCCGCGCGCGGAAUCGGCGGCAUGCCGCGCUUGCGGAGCCGCUGCUUUUUCUCCCCAGGAUCCCGCCCCCCCUUUCUCUCCUCCGUGCCCCGCGAAGAAAAGGCUAGUCGUCCAAUCCACCG